AUGUCCGACCGACGUCCGGUUAAAAUUAGGCCUCUCGAAGACGGAUGGAAAUGCCCAAAUCGCCCUUGCAUCAAAAAGUCAAGAAACCCUUUGGGCUCAAUGAACUGCACUCACUGUGGCUGUCGCUUCGGAGCUCCAUACAUGGAGAUCGGACCUCCUGAGAAUUCGGAUGGUCCUGAGGCGUCGACGAGUCCUGAGAAGUCGGAUUCUACUGAGAACGCGGAAGCGCCUGAGAACGACAAGACGACUGAGAAGGUGGAAACGACUCAGAAAGUGGCAACGACUGGGAAGAAUGAUGAUAAGGACAAGGAGAAGCAGAAAUCGGGUUGA